AUGGCUCAGGAUCGGCCAAAGAUACCUGCCAACGUCCUCUGGGAGGUGCUGGACGACGCGCUGACGCACGUCGCCCGCAUACUGACGGCCGUCAGUUGCUGCAUGCUCCUCGUCGUCGUCACGAUCAAACUGAGCCCGCACUUCCUGGACAACGGGGGCGACACGCUGCCUUACACGCCGCUGCCGGACACCGACGAGCAAGUGUCCUUCACCCGAGCCACCAACGCUACGGCCAACGCGUUUUUGCUGAUCGGAGUGGUCAUCACCAUGACCGUACUCAUGGUUACUCUCUACUACUACCGCUUCUACUCCAUAAUCGGCACCUGGAUCACGCUAGCUUGCGCCAUAAUACUCGUUAUGUCACCUGUGACAUACAUUGACAUCGUGUUCCAUAAGUACAACGUGCCGGCCGACAUCUUUUCCGUCGGCCUCUUCGUGUACAACUUCAUGGCACUCGGUCUGGUCGUGGUCCUGUACAAGGGCCCCAUGCUGCUGCAGCAGUUCUACCUGAUCGCCGAGUCUUCCUACAUGUCGAUCAUGUUGUUGAAGUUCCUGCCCGCCUGGACGCUAUGGGUCGUGCUGGGCCUCAUCCCCAUCUGGGACCUGGUCGCAGUUCUGGCCGUCGUCGGGCCUCUCCGGAUACUUGUCGAGACGGCCCAGGAGAGGAAAGAGGGCCUUCAGCCGGGACUCGUCUUCUCGACCAUGGUCGUGGGCACGUUCCCAGGAAUGGCGAAGCGGCAUUCGGAACGCAGACCUUCGAAACAGCGACGCUCCCACGGUCGCAGGACGUCUGAGCGGCGGCAGUCCGACGUUCCCAGCCCGUCUUUGCACGGACCAGCGGACGUCGGAGCCCCCGAUUUGCCGCUAGACCGCAGGAUGUCCAACCGAAGACCCUCGAACACUGGCUCCAGCGUUCCUGAGCCUUACGAUAUUGCCGAAGACGGGGAGGAACAGGUUAUGUUGCCAGUACCUGUGGAGGGAGUGGCGACACCUCAAGGGCUACCGGACGAAGACCAGAAAGCCCCGGUAGACUUUGAGCGCGAUUCCAGUUUGGACAGCAGCUCGGAAGAUCAGGAGAGCCAGGGCAUCAAGAUGGGUCUGGGAGACUUCGUCUUCUAUAGCGUCCUGGUGGGCAAGGUGGCCACGUUGGGCGACUGGACAAUCGUGUGCGCCUGCUUCGUAGGUAUCUUGGUCGGCAUCUGCGUCACCCUGUUCAUGCUGGCCAUCAUGCAGACGGCGCUUCCGGCACUUCCAGUGUCACUGGCGUUCGGCCUCACUUUCGUCGGAUUCCACCAGCUCAUUCAGAGCUUCACGAAUGAACUGUUCACCAAACAGGCGUUCGUGUGA